GAUGUAUGGGCUUCACACAGAGUCCAGAGUCACCCCAGCUCCUGAUCAGCUGUCUCUAUGGCUUAGAGAACAGAGAAACAGAGAGGGGAGAGAGAGGCAGACGACAGACAGAGUAAAGAGAAAAUAAAGAAAACAAUGUGGUGAUAGGAUAGAGAGAUUAGAGAAAGAGAGAGCUAAACGAGAGAACUACGAUAGACAGAGAGAAAUAGAAACAAAGCGGAGAAAUGCAGAGUGGGAGAGAGAGAAAAAACAUGUUCCACCAGCUGACUGUCUGCAUCAUCCUCCAGUGUCUGGUCGGCUGUGAUACAGGUUCAGUGAAACUGACCAUCAUUCCACCAAAUGGGAACAUCAUACUGGGAGAGAGCGAGACUUUCGUCUGCAAAGUGGAAAGUGGAGAAGCUGACUCCAUUCUCUGGUUCGACAGUAAUGAGGAUGAGGUGGAGGAGACCGACCACAUCCAGAUUGAAACGACUGAAUACCAAUCCCAGCUGGAGAUCAUUAAUGCCGACCCGGAGGUGAAUGGGAAGUACUGGUGCGUGGUCACUAUGGAGAAUGGCAAAGAGCAGCGGAAAUCCAUCACCAUCAGUGUUAUACAGGACCCCAAGUUCGAAAAUAUACUUCCUAUCCAGGAGUUUGAAGAGGGAUCAGAUGCAGCUGUUCUAUGCCACGUGGUUGGCAUUCCGGAUCCCAUUGUGUCCUGGGAAUAUCACCAGGAGAUUGUCCAGUCAGGGCGUUACAGUAUCCUGUCCGAUGGGACUCUGGUGAUCAAAAACAUCCAGGCGUCAGAUGCAGGAUUGUACCAGUGCAUUGGAUCCAUCAAAGAGAGAUUAGUGAGGAAAUAUUUGUCAAUCACAGUCAAAGUCAAGUACAUCCCCACAUUUGAAUCUUCUGAACCGCAGGUCCUGUACAGCUGGUUAGGAAACCCCGUCAACAUCUCCUGCACCGUCCGGGCUUAUCCCGAGCCCAGCAUCAUCUGGAGCCGGAAGAGUUUGGAUCUUGGGAACAUUGGAGUUAUCUCCAAAACCUCAACAGAAAUCAGGAGUGUCCUGCAGGUGAGAGUGAGCUCCCCAGAGGAAUUCUCAGUGUACCAGUGCACAGCCACCAACACUCAGGGCUCGGCUUCUCACAUAGUGCAGCUGAGGGAGGGAGGGUUUCCGGGCAUCCCGCGGAAUCUGAGUGCGGAGCCGCGCUCCACCACAGUCCAGGUGUCCUUCAGCCCGCCCGGUGAGGACAGCGGGAUCCCCGUCCUGGGAUACUGGCUGGAGUGGAGGCAGGAGUCCAACUGGGAAUGGAACCGGACACGGGUCGACAAUGAAUAUUACCUCGUCACCGGAUUGCAGCCCUACACUCCGUACCAGUUCCGUGUGUCGGCAAUCAACGGCAAAGGCGACGGCAAUUAUUCCGACAUCGUUUCUGCCAGAACUCUCUCGAUCCGGGAACCAGACAGGCCCAGUGUCUCCACCAGGAGAGAAAGCAUAGGCAACAAUAUCCGGAUAUUCUUCAAGGACGUGGAGAACGGAGGGAGCCCAGUUCUACGGCACUUCAUCAGAUACAAGGAAGUUGAAGCUGAUGAAUGGCACAGUGUAACAGUGAAUAAUUCCCGUUCUGACUCCUACCUCCUGGACAAUCUGAACUGGGGCUCAGUCUAUGAGUUAGAGAUCGAGGCGGAAAACAGUAAUGGUCGCUCGGUGACCAGCUACCUGAAUGUCUCCGUUCCUCAGAGAUCGCCUGCUGCUGCUGUUGGACGUAAGCCGAGUGUUGGCACAGGUGGUGUAGUCGGUAUCAUCCUGGUGAUCUUCGUGGCAUUGCUGGUGGUGGUGGACGUUGUGUGUUACCGUACACGCCGCUGUGGCAUCCUCAUGUGCCUGUCCGCCAGCCUGCGGGAGCGAAGUGACAUCGAACGCAAGGGCCUAGACCACGAGGUGGAUGAGCUCAGUGACAGGACGACCUCUUUCACCGACCGAGGUCCACCACUGCCGACGGUCUCGAAGCACUGCUAACGGGCACCUCCCCAGCCCCCCGAAGCCCACCAUCUAACCGGAGACACACAGGAAGACCCCACAGACGAGGAUGGAGACUGAACAUCCAGACGGCUGGAGGAACACACCCCCACAUAUCCUGCAGCCCCCAUUUUCCCUCCCCCUGCCUCCCGAGGACCUGAAGGCUUGCACUCACCGGGGGAUUGACUGCCUCCUGUUGCAAUCUAGGCAGACUGACCCUUUCGGAGAAACCAGAAACGGUCAGGGGAUUCAAUAACAACCCCAGCCCCACACCACACCACCUGGGUUGUAGGAGCUGGGGGGGGCGGGGGUCACAUAUACAGUAUGGGGAGUGGUGUAGGGAAGGGGGUUACAGAGACAGGACUGGGGACUGAAGGGGGGGUCACAGAGGUAU